UGCAGCCAUGCGCACCUCGCAUGCUGUGGUGCUCGCGCGCUACUAUAGUGCCCGUGUGCAUGUACAGUGACGAUGUUUGGCACACCGCGGUGCUCGGAGGGAUAUGGCGACGCUCGCUUGCUCACUGCCUGCGCUCGCAGGCAUUGCGGCGAUCGCAUGGUAUCGUGGCGGUGGCAGGGACAGCAAAGUAUAGCGGUCGCAGAAAGCACACCACAUUGCAGUGUUCGCGGUCGCGCCGCGGUGUUCGCAGGCCCUUUCUGUGCCCACGGAGGACAACAAAAUGAGGACGAGGACGUGGAGGAAGGAGGCCGCAGGGAGCUUAUCACCAGCCGGUGUUGACACUCUCGGCCUCCAUGUUGGCUCAAGCUUUCUCGGACAGCCAUAUCUUCGCCCCAGCUGCUCUCCUGGCAUCCACCAAGGGGACGAUGGCCCUCCGCUCCAGCGUGCUCCCGACGGCCGUCGUGGCUGCCGUGUGCCUCCUGGCGCUGCGCGGCCUGCUCGCCCCCAGCCCGAGCCAGGCCUUCGCUGCGCCCGAGGCCGGCCUUACGCAGUCGGUGCACCGCCAGUGCAGGCCCGUGGCGGGCGGCGACCGCGCCCCUGCCUACGGCGCUGCCCCGGCCGUCCUGAGCACCGUCCCGGCGCGCCCGGGCGUCGCUGCGCACUUCAAGGUGACGUUGGAGACGCCGGACGGCACCCAGGAGUUCGAGUGCCCGGAGGACGUGUACAUCCUGGACCAGGCCGAGGAGGAGGGCCUCGAGUUGCCCUACUCCUGCCGCGCGGGCUCGUGCUCGAGCUGCGCGGGCAAGGUGCUGUCUGGCGAGAUUGACCAGUCGGACCAGGCCUUCCUGGACGAGGACCAGACGGGGGAGGGCUUCUGCCUCACGUGCGUGACGUACGCGACCUCGGACGUGACCAUCAAGACCCACUGCGAGGACGACCUGUAAGAUACCGAGCACGCGGCCAGAGCACACCAGUGACAAUGGUGCCGUUUUGCUCAUCUGCCUCAGUCGAUCCCCGUAACUUCAGCCCGAGCUCGGGCUAGCCUCAUUGUUUGCAGGAUUUUCUGACACUUGGGAUGCGCUCAAGGACGCGGAUGGCCCAAGUUUGCGUUUAUAGCUGCGGAGUGGCAUGGUGGUCACCGCCGGUGUUUGCCUGAUCACGGGGGAA